AUGUCUCGCGAAGAAUCGCCCUUCGUACGCGCUCCUGCCGAAGAAGAAGACUACAACUUGGUCCAUCGCGCGUUCUUGCAAGCCUUCCAUACGCACAGCGUCCUCACAUUAGACGAGAUGAAAUCUAUCCUAGCCUACGUGAUGACUGCAUACAAUCCCGAGCGCCCAUGGACAGAAGGCGAUGUAACCCAACCCUACAUCAUCUCCACCAUUCAGACCAUAAAUGCCAAAAUCGAAGCCUUCGACUACGAAAUCCGAUCGACCCGCGACCAGCAAAGCAAAGAGAGCAUCUACGCUCUCGUCAACAACGCUAGCGAUGCCGUCACCCAACUCGCUACCACCUUCUCCGCGAACGAAAUCGCCUACGUAAGACGCGUACUCGACCGAAUGUUCGAAACAAACAACACAAACAUCCGUGAAGUUAUGGCUGUAAAACAUACAGAAGCCUCGCAGCUCGCCCGCCCUUCACGCAGGAAUAGGCAAAGUCAGGCGGCCAGCAGACAGAGCCAGAUCAAUGGCGAUGCGGAAGACUCACAGGCCAGCGCUGAUACAGGUAUCUCGAUUGCGGAAGCAGACCUCGUCCUGGAAACCCUUGUAAACCAAGCCUUCUUCCAAAAGUCGAAAGCAGGUUACUAUUCUCUCGCUCCACGCGCACUGAUGGAGUUGCGUGCUUACCUAAAGGAGACGUAUAACGAACCUGCCGACGAAAAUGAAGACGGUCGGGAAGUAAUUAGAAUCCGGGAUUGUGAGGGAUGCAGGGAGAUUGUCACGUUUGGCAUACGGUACGAGGAAACAGGAAAUGCCCUCGGUGUCAGACGGAGUGUUCGGGAGAUGUAUUCGUGGGAGAGCGAGCGGCUUGGACAGGCGGCAAUCGGCGCAGCACGCAGAAUAGGGAAGAAGACGACGAGGAAGAGGAAUAAGGGCGUGGGUCGGAGGCCCAUGACACUAAAAACAAGAUACCCAUAG